AUGACAGUGACUACACCUCUGUAUGCGAUACUCAAUCGCCUUGGACAACUCGCAUUGCAAGAUGGCGCAAAGCCAUCACCACAAACCCACUUUGAGCUCCUUCAGAUGAUCGACCAACUUAAAUUGGCCAUCGAAACGCCGACGGAGACCGUGCUGCGGCUGAUCUAUCAGCCUCCCCAAAAUGCCGCCUUGCGCUGCGUCAUUGACAUGGGAAUCUUCCCUCUGUUGAUAGAGAAUCAACAUCUCGAGGGGGGAGUAUCGGCCACUCAACUAGCGGAGUACACGGGCGCCGAGCAAGACUUGAUCGUCCGCUUGAUGCGAGUCAUGGCCUCCCUAGGGCUAUGCAGCACCCCGGCGUCGGGGGUGUAUCGGGCCAACGAUAAAACGGUGGCGUUGACGCAACCAAUUGGCCGAGAUGGAAUACCCUGCAUAUAUGACCUGACGGUUCCCACAUUGGGCAAACUGCCCGAAUAUCUGCGCGCUCACGACUAUGCCAAUCCACAGGAGUAUGCUCGCUCACCCAUGCAUUGGGCAGUAGGUCAGAGCCAGUUCGAGUGGCUGGCGAGUAACAAAGAUCAACAGACCUUGUUCAACUCGUACAUGGCGAGUCGCAGACAAGGCAAGCCCAUGUGGUUUGACGUCUACCCUGUGGAGAGGCUGUUAGGACAUGCAGUUCCCUGCGAGGACACGGUCUUCUUGGUGGAUGUUGGUGGCAAUCAAGGCCACGACCUGAGCAAGUUUCGUCAGCGAUACCCCCAUCUCCCUGGUAAGCUGGUAUUGCAGGAUUUACCCAAAGUGGUCAAGGGCGUGUCCGGUCGUGAAGCACGCAUCGACGUCAUGGCAUACAGCUUCCUAGAUGCCCAGCCCAUUCGUGGCGCUCGGGUAUAUUAUUUCCGUUCGAUUUUCCACGACUGGCCCGACCAUAUUUGCCAGCAGAUCUUGCGUAAUACCAUGUCAGCCAUGGCGGCGGACUACUCGCGCAUUCUCAUCGUGGAUUUUGUGUUGUCGGACACGAAUGCCCCCUUACUACAGGCUUCUUUGGACAUUCAGAUGAUGAGCAUCGGUGCUGGUGUGGAACGAUCAAAGACUCAAUGGAGAGACUUGCUUCAUAGUGUAGGUCUGGAGAUUUCUGGAAUUUGGAAUCAAAGCCCUGGCAUGGAGUCCGUGAUCGAGGCGAUUCCCAUGCCUAGGAAGUGCGAUUAA